AUGAGUCCACUUUAAUACCCGAGUCUUGUCCCAGAGCUAAUUCAAUCAAUAGAUGAAACCAAAUCGGCUUGUUAUAACUUUAAAAAGUUUGUUAAGAAAAGAUUUUCAUCGGUGAAAACCUUCAAUUAAGACAAGAGAGGCGAAGCUAUCUAAACAAUGAAAUCAGCUAUUUAACAAUCCUUUAUCCAAAAAUUUUUGGCAAAGAGGAUGAAGGAUGGAGAUUAGAUCUACAAGAAAUAUGAUCCUAACGAUGAGCGAAUGCUGUUUAAAGACAAUGAUUUUCAAUAUGAAAUGACCAAUGCUGAGAUGGAACGCUAUAAAGAUAUUUAAAAAGACUAUUUAUUGAGUCUAAAGGAGGUAGGAGCUGAAAUUCCUCCUGAUAAAGUAAAAAUGUAUAAAAUUCUUGUAGAAAAAGACUAUGAAGAGCAUCCUUUAAAAGAUGAUGUUUAGAAGAAAAAAUCAGUAGGCUUCUUGAGAAAUAUUCUUUAACAAAAAGUUAACAAACAGAGCGAAGAGGAAAAGAAUAAGGAGCUUAAAAAGAAAGAAGAAACAAUAAAAAAUGCUAAAAACUUCAAGGUUGAGAAUCAUGCUAAGAAAAUAUUAGAGGAAGACAAAAAUUAUCUAAGAGAACUAAAUAAGCAUCUUGAUGAGCAAGUAAAUUUUCAUUUUAAGCCUAGCUUGAUUCCAGUAAAAGACUUUACCAAAAAGAAUCAUUCAAUAAGGCCAGUUCCAUAAGAUGGAGGAUCAUCGAUUGGACCUUCUAAAAGAUUUCAGUCCUUUAAUAGCAGAAAUGAUACAAGAACUAAGAAGGAAAGAAGAAAAUCCAAUAGUGGCCUGCCUAAAACAUAAAGUGUAGGAGAACUAAAAAAUACAAACAAAGUUAACUUUCAUUCACUUUAAGGAGAUUAAUAUCAGAGUGAAUCACCAAGAAGUAUUGGAGAUCAAGUGAUUAAUCCUUUUAGAGCCAGUAUUGAGAGUUAACUGGAAAAUAGUGCUCGAAAAGUAAAGCAAAAAAUACCAAAUAUUAAACUAUCACCUCACAAAUAACUUAUCAGUAACUAAAAUUCUAGCUAAGAUGUUCAUGAGACACCUUUCUCAUUGAAUUUGAAAUUUUCAUUCGCUACUAACCCUGUUGAGCAAAUGAAAAAUGAAUCUAAAACCUUCUAUAAUCAUUUGUACAAGAAAAAUGAAAUAAACAAGAAAAACGCAGAUGCCUUGUUCAAAAGAAAUAAUAUGGACUCUUAAUUCUCUCAUUACCUCUCAUAACUUAAUGAGUCUACAAUGAAAAAACAAAAUGACUUAGAUAAGUAUAGCCGAAAAACAAGAAAUGAGGUGUUUAUAUAAAACAACAAGUACAUGAACCCAGGAACCUUUUCUUACAAAAGGCUUACUGAUGAUGAUAAUAUCAUUACUAAUACUGCUGCGGAUGAAGUAUUUAGAAUUUCUCAGUCCACUAUGAAUUUGUAAAAUGAUAUAAAGAAUAAAAUAGAGAUUCUGAAGAAAAAUCUUGAUAAUACCACUUUAAACAUGAGCUCUUUAGCUACAAAUGAAAGAGUGGAAAGCUAUCUAGGAGUUUUAUAUAUUUACAAAAAGCUUCCUGCUAAAGUUUCAGUGGCAAUGCCAAGUUUCUAAAUAAAACUACUUGAAAAGCCUAAAAAUGUAGAUUAAGUGAUAGAUCUCGCUUUUUCUGGGAACAAAACUCAGGGCAAUUUAAGGAAAUAGAUUGCGAAGUUAUUAUAGUAAAGUCUAGUCGGAUUGAAAAUGAUGAAGUAACUUUUAAAUGAAGAUGUAUUUCAUAAGAAGCUAAUGCUAAUGAUUGAUUCCAAACUGACAAUAAGCGAGAAAUAAAGACUUGAUAAAGUUUACCCUAUCGAUUUCAAGGAUGAAUCAAAUAUGCUUACUUGGCAAAAUAUUUCUUAGAGAGCAAAGGAAUAUUCACAAUAUGCUUAAAUUGCUCCAAAUGUUUUGAAUCCUUUAUUACUUGAAACUAUGUUUUUCAACAGUAAAAACCCCUAAAAACUUGAUACAGAUAUCAGGGCGUGUCUUUAGCAAUUGAAAGAUCCUCUCUCUGAUUUACAUGUAUACAACAUAAUUUCAUAUCUUAACCUUUUAGCUAAUACUCCGCAAUGA